AUGGCGACUUCGUCGCACAAUCCUUUUCCUCGAUCUCCCAAUCCAUCCACAAGGUCAUACGACUCAUCCUCGGUGUCUUCGGCAACUUCGCCCAAGCCUUCAACUCAGUAUCUCGGCAGCUUGAUGGGCACAAGCAGCACGAGGGCGAACAUUGUUCACGCCCCUCAGCCUAUUGGAAUUCCUCCUCUGCCAUCCGCUACACAAUCUGUUUUUCAACCAUAUACACCAAUGACGGGAAACUCAAUAAUGGGUCGGGACUCGCUACCUUCGAAUGACUCUGUAGCAGGCACACCAGGGCUGUCCAACGCUCAAUUAUCAGCCAAUGUUCAAGCACAGAAGCGCGCAUACAGGCAGAGGAGAAAGGACCCUUCAUGUGAUGCUUGCCGGGAGAGAAAGGUCAAAUGCGAUGCCACAGAGACGACGAGCUGUUCCGAAUGUUCCAGUCGCAAUGUGAAAUGUCAAUUUACCAAGGAAACCAAUCGGCGGAUGUCUUCCAUCAAGCAGGUACAAGACCUGGAGAAACAGAUUGAGCGCGUCCGGAGGGAGAAUAGCAGUCUCAGAAGAAUGCUGAGCGAGCGCGACGGUCAGAUGGAUAUCGAUAUGGAGGGCGCAGACCACCUUCCCGUUCCCAUCCCGGAGAUCAACUCGAACCCCAAGCAACGGAAGCGGGCAGCGCCAAACCAUGAUCCAGCAAGAGAGCGGGCCAACUUCCGGAACUUCUCCAAAGGCCUGUUCAAGCCGCCAAUGCCCUAUCGACAACCUCCGUCGUCGAUCCUUUUUGAUCCACCACUACCACAGCUGCCUCCGAAGCCAGCCACAACUGCCUUGCUGCAUUCGUACUAUGGCGCGCUCCAUGUAAUGAUGCCGCUGCUACACUGGCCUACGCUGCAGCACGAUGUGGAAGAAUUGUAUCAACCUGGUGGAAUACAGCGAGCUCCCAAGUCCUGGCUGUCCCUGUUCUUCGCCGUUCUUGCUGUUGGUAGCCUGUUCAGUACUGAUCCCCACCCGGAUCGUACUUACCGAGCGGCAGAAUUUUUGGAAGUUUCAAGGACUAUGACGGACCCAUGGAACAAUGAUUUUGAUCUCGACAGCGUCAGGGCUUCGCUUCUAACAUUUAUUUCAUUGCAAGAGUUGAACCUCAAAUCAGCGGCAUGGACAUGGUUGGGUGGUGUCGUGAGAGCAGCCCAGGACCUUGGUCUCCAUCUCGAGACGGGAACGAGGUCCCGGCUGGAUGCCGACAUGAGGAGGAGGGUUUGGUGGGCUAUUUACAUCGUCGACCGGAUGACGGCCUUGGAACUUGGACGGCCAGCGCUGAUACACGAUUCGGACUGCGACGUUGCCCUGCCCGAACCCAUCGACGAUCACUUUCUAUCUCCCGAGGGUCCAGUACAUCCGGUGAAUGUGGAGCCACUGACACACUCUCUUCACGUCAUCAUCAACGUCGUUCGUUCCAUCCCUGCGAUAACUCAAGCCUCUGCGACUACUCCCAUUGCGCCUACGAGGUUGUCGACCUUUGACGCACACUUUAUCGCGUGCCAGAGAGCUUUCCCUGCUGCUUGCGACCCUUCGAGCAACCUGCCAAUACCUCCUCACAUGCUCAUGCCACUUGCCUACUUGCUCAAUACCAGGCUCCUCCUUCACCGAAACAACCUGUCUCCAGCAUGUCCACCCGGGGUCCGAACUGUGGCCAUAGAGCAGUGUACUCAUACAUCAAUUGAGACGGCUCUGCUCAUUGGAAGGACCAACGCGAGCCUCGCCGACACAGCAAACACAUUGUUAACGCAACAUGUGUUCCGAUCCGCCUUGUUCCUCAUUUUGACGGGCCACAAUGAGUACGCAGCGACCUGCGUACGUGCUCUGAAGUCGAUCGAUGCCCGACGAGAUGUUGCAAUCCCUUGCGGUAGAUUCAUAUCCUUCUUUGUUUCCAUUGUGUCGAGCAAGCGUUCAGAGUUUGCGGCUUAUUACCCACGAUCAAUUCCGGUCCAAGGUUACCAGCACCAACCCCCGUCCAGCCAAGCAAUCCAGGACCGCCUCCUCGCCGAUGAGGAAUUGCUCACUUACGUCAGCGCCGAUCUACAAGCUGGCAGCGAGACAAGCUGGAUCUGGGCCGGGGCGGAGCGAGACGCGGCCAUUACCUCGGCCCCGGCAGGCGGAGGCCUAACUCGGGUCGAGAAUAGAACUGGCCUUGUCCAAGAAGAGCUUCAAGACUGGGGAGGUUGGGAUCGACUGGACGGUCUUCUCCGCGGAGCGCCCACGGGACCCUGGCCUGCUGCGCCUACAUACACGUCUCCAGCGCCUCAUCAGUCGCUUCCUCCAGCACUCCCACCAACGCUUCCACCCAUCAAAAUGGAGGCAAGCCCAUCCGUUCCGCGGCCAAGCACCACCGGCCCAGAAAGUGCAGGGAAUAGUCCAGUACCGGGUGCUGCCAAGCGAAAUACGGAGCGUAUUAGUAUCGCCAAUAUAAUCUGA